UAAGUGCCAGCCCUUGUAGUUUAAGAGAGUAGUUUUGAGGAACUGCUCUCUUCAAGGAUAAACAAAGGCUCACAUUCUUAAAUCUCAUGAUAGCUCUACUUCCUCUCAAUGGAAAAUGACUGGAGGUGCAUGAUAAGCAGAAACACUGAUGAUCAACACAUCUAUUUUACACUAGUUAUCCGGAUCCGAGUUGUGAUGGCAGCAGGCUAAAAUAAAAAAAUGUCCACAUCCGCCAGCUUUUCUUGGGGUAUCCUCAGGCCUAAUUACAAGACAUUCAGUUCAACACUGACAUUGGAGGAGGAGAACUCCGGCAUGGGAGGCCUCGCCAUGUUGACGCUGAGUGACACGGAGAACAACCUCCACUUCAUCCUCAUCCUUCAAGGCCUCAUCAAACAAAAAGACAAAGAGCCCAUUUUGGUGCCCAUCCGAGUCCAGCUUGUGUACCGACAACACAUCCUGAGAGAGAUCCGAGUCAACAUCACCUCACAUAAGCAAACUGUGAUCUAGCUGUCCGGUGUUGACUUUCCCCCAAACCAUUCAGCCUGAGGAAAAGAGCUGUCCAAUCUGUGAUGGUGAGACAGACAUAUUUUUUAAUUUUAUUUAGUAGCUAAAGA